UGCUUCAUACCUCCAGCAUGUCUUCCAGCAUGUUCCGCUCAGCAUUCCGCUCGACAGUCAAUCCUCUACUCCGAUCCUCUGUGCAAACCCAAAGCUUCCGAACUCCCACACUCUCUUUCGCUGCUCGCUUCCUCUCACAAGAAGCGAGGUCUAAAAUUCAAUCAGCGGUGAAGUCGACACCAGUCGUGCUGUUCAUGAAGGGUACUCCGGAUGCACCUCGGUGCGGAUACUCGCGUGGCGCUGUGCAAAUUCUCGGUCUCCAUAGCGUAUCUCCGGAGAAGCUGAAGACAUACGACGUAAUGGAGGACUCUGAGCUCAGGAGUGGGAUCAAGGAGUUCUCCGACUGGCCAACAAUCCCUCAGUUAUACGUGGACGGGGAGUUUGUGGGAGGUUUCGACAUUCUCUGCAGCAUGCACUCGUCAGGCGAGCUUGAGGAGCUGUUGGAAAAGAAGGGUGUCCUCCCUCCGCUCGAGGAGGAAGCCCAGACGGCAGCAUCGUCUGGCUUGUCGUAGAUGACCGAGGCCUGACGCUCUGCUCAUGUACACGGGCAGGAUGAGGAUCCCAUACCCUCCCUACUAUAUGCCAUACUAUGCUCAUCAGUUUGUCAUGA